AUAAUCCUAUUUCUAAUAGUAUAAUAGAAAUAACACCUCAAAAUAUUUCUAUUAUUAACGCCGAAGGAGUUAACAUUACAAGUUCUAUCAAUAACUGCCUUCACAAUGAAACUGCUCCUCCAUUCACAUUUUUCGAUGAUUUUAUUAAUGAUGAUAAAUGGAAUAAUGUAUAUCAACAAGCAGAAGUUAACAACAAAGAAUUCCCUAGCUUUGAUCUUAAUGAGUUAAAUGAAAACUUUCUAGAAGAAUUUACCAUUGUGCCCUUCACUGAAGAUAAUAUUGACAAAACAACUGAACAAAAUAAUGAAGUUGACAAAAAUAAUGAAUCUCUUAUUGAACAAAUUAAAAGAGACUUAGAGUAUAAAAUAGAGGAUAGAGUUCUACCAAAUUCUCCUUAUAAUGGCUUAAAUUAUGUCCAAAUUCUUCGACAAAUUAUUAGAAAAAUUCGAAUACUUGGUAAAAAAAAAGUUAAUAGAGUAAAAAGACUCAAAGCAAUAUAUUAUUUAGGAAAAUUAAAAGAUGAAAAUGAAAAAAAUAGAAAAAUUAUUCAAAAUAUUAGAAAACAGUUAACUGAACAUUUUGGAAAACAUAAAUCUGCAC